AUGGCGACGACAGAAGAUUACGAGGCAUGUGUUCUGUCUGUUGCGAUUGUGAAGAGAUUCUGGGUUGCCAACUACUCUGAAGAGAGAUCACCUUCUAAGGAACAGCUUCUCCUGAUGCGAUGGGUGAGUCUUCAAGCCAGGCACAGAAUGAUGAAGAAGAAGAAGAGGAGAAGGGAGAGAGGUCCAGGGAGUGACAGUGGAAGGGAACAGGAGGAAACCUGUGACGUGGAAAAGUGGAGGUCGGAGGAUGAUUUGAUGACAGGGAUGAGACCCAAGAAUAUUAUACCCGAAGUAUUAGAAAACGAGCAGGCUGCUCUUCUUGAUAUGGAUUUGACACAAGUGAAGAUUUUACUCUAUUUUACUCAAUAUUUUCCAGGUGUAGCACAUAUAAAGGCUGUCUUUUAUCGGAUGGGUCUAUCUGACAAGGACAUUGUUGCACUGUCCGGUGGCCACACAUUGGGGAAAGCACAUGCAGACAGAUCAGGCUUUGAGGGCGCCUGGACAAAGGAUCCUGCAAAAUUCGACAACACAUACUUUGUGGAGCUUCUGAAAGGAAAUUCAGAGGAACUGUUACAACUUCCAACAGAUAAGGCUUUACUGGAGGAUCCAGAGUUCCGCCGCUAUGUGGAGUUAUAUGCAAAGGAUGAGGAUGCAUUCUUCGCAGAUUAUGCAGUAUCACACAAGAAACUUUCAGAGCUAGGCUUUAAUCCAUCUCCCCUGGGUUCUAAGGGCGCUGUGAAGAACUGUACUGUAUUGGCACAAGGUGCUGUGGGAGUUGCAGUUGCUGCAGCCGUGGUGAUCUUCAGUUACUUUUAUGAAGUUCACAGAAGGGUCAAGUGAAGAACUUUUAAGUUUUAUCCGUAUCACAUGGAAUCCAUGUUGGAAAUUUCACCAAUAAGUUUCUUGAUUGAACAUGAUGUUACUGGCAAGUCCUAUGAGAGGAAGCAUUUAUGUCUUUCACUUUGAUUUGAUAAUAAAUGGGUCUUUUAUGUGGAAUGAUCA